AUGCGUUAUUUAUCUGGUACUUCCGCAGGUACGCUAGUGGCUGGCAAUAAUUCAGCAGGUACAGGUAAUACACAGUUGUGGCAACCUACUAGUGUUUAUUUCGAUUCGCCCACGAACAGUCUCCUUAUUGCCAAUACUUAUGCACAUAAUAUUGUUCGUUGGGUGUUGGGAGACAGUUGUUGGACACUAGUCGCUGGCAAUCUUAAUGGAAGCUCUGGAAACACGUUCAGAGAACUUCAAUAUCCUAGAACUGUAACACUCGAUCCAAUGGGCAAUGUGUAUGUCGCCGAUACAGUCAAUCAUCGCAUUCAAUUUUUCUUAAAUGGUGAAACAAAUGGAACAACAAUUGCUGGACACACAGGUUCACCUGCUAGAAAUGCUACUGGACUAUUUUAUCCUUCGAAAAUAGUGUUAGACUCUCAGCUUAAUUUGUAUGUUGCGGACACGGAUAAUCAACGAAUACAAAAAUUUCUACGAUAUUGA